AUCGAGAAAUGACGAGAGCGUGAACCCGCGAGAGUUUGUUGGAAUGGCGGCAAAAUCGAAGAAUAUUUUGACUACUAAAGAGAAGAAUAAUUCCUCAAUCUCGAUUGAACGAGCAAUUGGUAAAUCUAAAACUAAGAUGACAACAAGACGUAAACGUAAGAUUAGUGAGAAUGAACAGAGGACUACAUGGGAUGUUGAUGACGAGAGUACAGAGGCAAUACUAGAAGACAUGGGGGUAUCUCUCCUGGAUGAGGAUAGCUGUGAUGGGGCAACCCUCAACCCUACUCCAAAUAUAACAAUCCCUGACAUAAACAACCCACCAAAUGCUCCUAGGGUACCUGGAGCACCAAGUUUUUCUACAUCACAGAACAUACCAUCUCCAAGUACUCCAAGAAUUGUGGAACUGAAUAAUGACUUUCUCAGGAGGAUAUCAACAAUGGACAAAUGCGAAGAGAAUGAUGGACAGUGUCCUUUUAACAUCCUCUCGGAUGAAAUGGUGCUUAGUAUUUUUAAGUGGAUCCCUAAGUCCAUGCUGGCCAAGAAUGCUAGGGUUUGCAAAAGGUGGAACCGUUUAGCUUUUGAUGAAUCUCUGUGGAGAAGACUUGACUUGGCCAAUAAGGUGCUCCUGCCGGGUGUUAUGGGACGUUUACUAAAUAGAGGUGUCAUGGUGCUUAGACUUGCCAAGGCUGAGGUGCUGUCUCCAGUGUUUACAGAUUUGUCUACUAGUUUACACUCAUCUUGCAUGUCACGUGUGCAAUACUUAGACCUCUCUAUGGCUGUAGUGACAUCAUCAACAUUAGAAGAAAUCUUUGAAAGCUGUCAACAGUUGAAGAAACUGAGUCUUGAACACUGUCCACUUAAUCUAGAGAUCUUGCAGUCAAUUGGUGAGAAUAUGGGGUUGGACACCCUGAACUUAGCCAUGUGUAGCGGCAUAACAUCAGCCGGUCUUGAUGCCAUCAUAUCAAACUGCUUAGCCUUAGAGUCAUUGAACCUUGCAUGGACUGAGUUAGAUAGAGACACCAUCCAGUUGGUAGCUGUAUGUUUGCCACCCAGAGUUACCAAGCUCAAUAUCAGUGGAUGCAAGGAACUCCUCAAUGAUGAAGAUGUACUCCACUUAUGUCGAAGACUGCCUCAUCUGAAGGAACUAGACCUUAGUGAUGCAACUGUACUAACACAGGCCACUGUGGAACAUGCAGUGAAAUAUCUGCAUGGUUUAGAGUACCUUGCCCUGAGUCGAUGUUAUAAUGUUGCCCUGUCAUCAUUCAUGCUUCUUGGUGGAGUGCAUACUCUACUAGCAUUCGAUGUGUUCGGUAUGAUGAAGGACUCUUCCAUAAAGACAUUAAAGCAGAACUUGAAAAACAUAGAGAUCAAUAAAUUUCCAUUCUCAAGUAUAGCGCGUCCAACAACUGGUAUACGCAGGUCUAGUGUGUGGUCUCUCAGAGCAAGGGAUUGUAUUGUGUGACAUUUACACAAGGCUAGAUAAUAUGCUCAAACACAAGAAUCAUUCAAUCUACAACCAAACUACCAGCUAUAUAUGCUAGAACCAGAGAACAAGAAAAGUGCAAAAUAUUGACAUACCAGCAUCCCCAAUGAUAUAAAUCUCAGCAUGUUAUGUGCAUGAUACAAGUAGCACUAUGCAAUAAAAAUAAAAUUCAGAAAGGAUUCAAGUCUGUGAUCUUCCAAUCUUUCUUUCCAUACGACUGAUGGUUUUUUGUGGGGAGAACAGGCUUGAAUGUUAUAAGAGUUAGUUAACUGGCAUGAACUUUAAACUUGGCACACUUUGGGAAUCAAGAAGAAAAAUCAUAUCAGGCCUGUUUCUAUUUUGUUCAACAAAUGGUUCUGUCAUCAUAACUACCAGUUUGAGUUCCUUCACAGGGAUAUUACAGCUUUGUAUAAUUUGUACAAACAGUUUGAUGGAUUAAUCUGAAUUUUUUAUUAGGAUUAUUUUUUAUAUGUAAAUCAACAACUGUUUGGUUUUUGGAGUAAUUUUUAAGGUGGCCAUAUUAGAUUUUCUCUCUGUCACUUCAACUGAUUACUGUUGGGCUUUCAGGAUGAAAAAUAUAGGAUCGCUGAUUGUUUGAUUUAUUUAAAUCUCAAUAAUGAAUGAAACAGAUAAAUUUUCAGCAUUAGGCACAAGGAUGUAUAUCACGAUUUAAAUUAUUACAUUUGAGAUAGAGAGUUUAAGUACUCCUGGUAAUUUUCACGUGCUUCUAUAUUUUGCGAGUUUUGAUCAUAUUUGAAAUGAACAUUCACAAAAUGGCUCAAAACGAAGCCAAAAUCUUAGGGUGAAGGGAAAAGCAUGGCUGAUAUUGAAAGGGAAAUGAUGUUUUUUUAAGGAAAAUGCCAACUUAGAAAGAGAAGCAUGACAAAUUAGGUCACAAAUCUGCUAAAACUAAUAGCCGUGAAAUUUCAAAGAAGCAUGAAAUUAGCGAAAUAUAAUAGCCGCAAAAUUUCAAAAUCGGCUUAAAAUCAUGUUUUAGAUGGGUUUGGGCACUAAGAUAACAUUCUGUCAAUGUGUUAUAAUGUUUAUUUCAAACCCCUCAGUCAUGAACAGUUUAAGACAGGCUUUACAAUGGUAUGAAAAAUUCGAUAUAUAGAAAAUUAUAUCCUAGCUAUAGAGGAAAAUGUAUUACAGUGCAAAAUGGCAAAUUGUAAUUUAUGAAAAAAGUCACAUUAGUGAGUUUGUGAGAUAAUGUUUUUAACCAUUGCUAACUUUUUUAAAGGAUUGGUAUCAAUAUGGUG